AUGUCACGGCUAUGUCGACAAGACGAUGGCAAAACCAGAAGAGGCAACUUCGAAUUGGCGAGGCUAUCCACCAUGAGGGCCACAACCACCGCGCUCUUUGGAGCUCUUGCAGCAUCAGUAACCCUUCUUUCAAACCCAGUCGGGGCAGCACCAUUCUCGGUGCUACCCAAACCGCAUCCACUCGUCAUUUGGCAUGGCCUCGGCGACAGCGCACACUCCGAAGGCAUCGAAUCAUUCAUGUUGCAGCUCAAAGAGGCAUUUCCUGGACUCUACGUACACUCGGUCACACAAGACCAAUCUAGCGACUCCGAAGAUCGCAGGCAGGGUUUCUUCGGCCACGUCAACGAUCAAGUCCAGAUGGCCUGCGACCAGCUCGCUUCGAUUGACGAGCUUCGCAACGGCUUUGAUGCCAUCGGCUUCUCCCAAGGCGGCCAGUUCCUCCGCGCAUACGUGCAGCGCUGCAAUACGCCCAAGGUGCGCAAUCUUGUGACGUUUGGCAGCCAGCACAUGGGCAUCGCCGAUUUGCCAGCUUGCGGUCCCACCGAUCUUCUCUGCCGCGUUGCUGAAGCGGCUCUCCGCGGCGGCAUCUACACCGACUAUGCCCAGUCGCACCUGGUCACUGCACAAUACUAUCGCAAUCCCAAAGAUCCCAGAGCUUUCGCCUCCUACCUCGAGAAGAACGAUUUCAUCAAGGACAUCAACAACGAAGGCCAAGAGAUCAACACCACUUAUGCCGACAAUCUCGCCUCGCUCGAAAACUUUGUCAUGCUCAUGUUUGACAAGGACACCACCGUCGAGCCAAAACAAUCCUCCUGGUUCGCUUCCUACCCCGUGCGUAACGAGUCCGACUCGCUCAAAGAAGGCAAUCUAGAUGAGCCUACGCCGCUCCGACAGAGUUCGAUCUACACUGACGACCGAAUCGGCUUGAAACGGUUGGAUCGACGAGGUUCGCUCAUCAUGGAACUUUGCCACGGCCUUCACAUGCAGAUCGAUCCAGCAUGUCAGCUCAAGGUCUUUGGCAAGUACGUCGGCACCCCCUCCGCCGGCCUCGACAGCUCGCUCGCAACAUGGAUCGACCACACCUGGCGUUGGACACUAUACAAUACCACCGGCUUGCGAGUCGAGCAGACCGCAGGUUUGAUCAUCACCCAGAGCUUCGUCUUCCUCGGCCUCUUUGUCGUAGUGCGCCUGCUCAUUUUCACGCUCAUCCGUGGUGUCGGCGCCGUGUCUCGCAAGCGCAUGGCCGACGAACGAGUCGAGACGGCUCGCGGCCCCAUUCAUCUUUCUUGA